AGAUCAUUAAGAGUUCAAAAAGGAAGAAAGUAAAUCGGCGGACCACGCCAGUCAGCAACGGCGAUUGAAGACAACAAUGGUGACAACUUCGGCAGAUGAUGAAGGACUUCAGGUGGAGAAGAGGGUGUUGCGGCGGGGAAGAGAAAGCGGCAAAGAAAGGUCAAUCCCGGCGGACGGCGGUGAAAUGUUGAUGUUGUCGAUCGUUCGAAUUGCAAGGAUGAUGGAUAGAUGGUGUGUGGUG